AUGGAACUCGACUGCCGAAUUCGGGCUUAUCGCUUCGUGGCCUAUGCGGCAGUCACCUUCUCAGCGAUCGCUGUGUUUUCCAUAUGUAUAUCCCUGCCGAUGGUCUAUAACUACGUGCACCAUGUGAGAAGAAGCAUGCGUGGAGAUCUGAAUGAAUGUACGGGAACAGCAAGGUCAUUAUGGGGCCAAGUGAACAACAUAAAGUCUGUAACUGCUCGCAACCGUACUGCUCGUCAAAUGGGUUACGAUGACAUUGCUAUCUCGAGUGGAGGUGGCAUUUCGGGAGGCUGCGACAAUUGUUGUUUACCUGGUCCUCCUGGUCCACCAGGUCCAGUAGGACAUCCAGGACGACCAGGAAAACCUGGUGCUCCCGGUGCUCCAGGAAAUCCUGGGCGUCCCCCACAGCAGCCCUGCGAGCCGAUUACACCUCCACCAUGCAAGCCAUGCCCUCGUGGACCUCCUGGACCACCGGGACCCCCGGGGCCACAAGGAGACCCAGGCCACAUGGGUCCUCCUGGACCUGUUGGUCCGGAUGGGCCACCUGGAGAACAAGGACCUCGAGGACCACAGGGCCAGAACGGAAAGCCAGGAGUAUCUGGAGCACCUGGAAAGCCUGGUGAAAAUGGUGUUAAGGAGACUAUUCGUCCGGGACCACCUGGUCCACCAGGGCCACCUGGACCCCAAGGACCACCAGGAGCAACGGGCCAGCCCGGAGCUGCUGGUGUACCAGGGCCACAAGGACCGAAAGGGCCUCCAGGAUUGAAUGGUGAAAAGGGCGCUGACGGAAUCCCAGGAGUUCCUGGUCAGGCUGGUACCCCUGGUGAACCUGGCGAGCGUGGAGUAUGUCCAAAGUAUUGCGCCAUCGACGGAGGAGUUUUCUUCGAAGAUGGAACAAGGCGUUGA